AUGUUCCCCUUCCCUGCUAUUCGCUUCGACCCUCGCAUCAUCAGCUGUCUAUACCAAGCGGCCUACCUAAGUUCGAGGACAAAAACGUUUGGGUACCUGUUCGAUUAUUGUUUGAUGUACGCACACUGUCCGAUGAAGCUGAGUCGUGUGCAACCCGACAUCUACGCGAGGUACGCUAUGGCCAAGCUUGCCCGGGAGAAGAAGGUGGAAUACGGCGGGUGGGUCUUAUGGGAUCUGAGCCGGCUCUGGCGAAAGGUACUGGUUGAAGUGUGGGUUUACGUUUCCGGGAGCUUGACGAGGACGGGAAAAACGUCGUUAUCCCUGGAGUAUCCGAGCAGCCACUUCCUCCGCCAACUCCUGCCGCUGUUGAACUGGGAGUUCACUGGCGAAAUCGAAGGCCACGACAUGGGCUUUGAUAAGUACGACCCGUCCCUCGAAACAUUCGUUCCAUCUUGGAUGGAGCCUACAUUCCCCAUCCGCCUCUCCCUUCCCCUCACCAACGUACCCGUGCUCAAAGCGUCAUACGUCAAGAUGACGACAUUUGUGUGCAACUACGCAGAGGGAAGUCAGCCGAUACUCCCUAUGUGCUCCAUGAGGCACAAAUUCAUCAACCUCAAGUGGAUCUGGCCAGUAGGCCUUCCACGUCGUCGCGAAUAUGUGCAGGCGAGGUGGCACACGGUGAGGGAGCCCGUUCGAGGUUUGAUUGCAGUGCGGCCAGACAUCGGGGAAGCAGGAUGUCGAGUUACGGUAGCACCAGAAGGUUUUGACAACACAGGCCCUGGAGCCUACUGGGGUGAAGAUGUAGGCGCGGCGACAGUGUCAUCAGAUGAAGGUGCAUCGGAUGACGGCGACGAGGACGGAGAGCUGUGGAACUGA